AUGUACACUUCAAGGCAAAAGAUUCACAAAGAUAAGGAUGCUGAACCUACUGAAUUUGAGGAGUCUGUUGCGCAGGCGUUAUUCGAUAUGGAAAACACUAACCAAGAGCUGAAAAGCGAAUUGAAGGACCUGUACAUCAAUUCUGCACUACAAAUUGACGUGUCAGGAAACAGGAAGGCUGUUGUUAUCCAUGUCCCCUACAGGCCGAGAAAAGCUUUCCGCAAGAUUCAUGCCCGCCUUGUUAGGGAGCUGGAGAAGAAAUUCAGUGGGAAGGAUGUAAUUGUCAUUGCAACCCAAAGAAUAUUGAGGCCUCCAAAGAGAGGUUCUGCUGCUCAACGGCCCCGUAGCAGAACUCUUACUUCAGUUCAUGAUGCCAUAUUGGAGGACGUGGUUGUACCAGCUGAAAUUGUUGGAAAGCGUGUUAGGUAUCAUGUUGAUGGAUCCAAGAUAAUGAAGGUAUUCUUGGACCCAAAGGAACGAAACAACACCGAGUACAAGCUGGAGACAUUUUCAGCUGUCUACAGGAAGCUAUCGGGUAAAGAUGUUGUGUUUGAGUUCCCCUUAACGGAGGCUUAGGGUACAAACU